AUGGCAGACUCUUUGCCGCCUGCUCUGCUGGAAGCCUGUGUGGUAGUUGGAGCAUCCAGUGACAAACUCCAGGAAAUCUGCCAGACCAUUAAUGAUGAUGAAACUCUCGAACACCUCCUGUUGGAGCCGGAGGUUCUUUCAGUCUUGGCGCCACCUUUUGUUAGCAGAACACAGGCUGAAAGUGAAAUGCUGAGAUCACAUGGGAAGCUGCGGCGCUCUUUUAUCAGGAAAAAGAGAGAACUGCCUCCUUCAGCUGCACCAACACCCAGUCAAGGUGGAGAGGAAGCAGGUCGAAGAGGAGGAAUAGAAGAUGUCAGUGUACCUAAAAACAUCGAUCUCAUGGCUUUACCUCAGCUCUGCUUCCCCGGUGGCCUCCAAGUAACCAGUGAACAGAAAGAGGAACAAUUCCACUUCCUGGUUUUCACAGACAUCCUUGGCAACAAGACCCAUGGAGUAGUAAUGCAGUGCUACCGUCCAAUACUGGAAGGGAUGUCUCUCUAUCGAAAUAGUAGAGGGUCUUCAAAGUGUCCUAAACUCUUCUGUGCCUACAGCAUCUGUGUCAUAUCCAAGCAUCCUUACUUCACUGCACUCAAAGACUGUCUUUCAUGUCUUUUAAUCCAGCUGAGAACCUGUCGAUUGUCAGACAUGGAAGAGAGAGUGAAGGAGUUUGCGGCCAAACUGACACUUGUGCCAAUUCCACCUCCUGGACAGCUGCACUUGAUGUUUACAAUACGUCCUCUGACCAUCAUACUGCCCUCCAGAGAAGACAAGGACCACCCGGUUAUAGAUUUAGACCUCCACCUGCCCUUCCUUUGCUUCAGGCCACAGCAGCUGCUGCAGGUGCUGUCAUGUCUCUUGCAGGAGCAGCGGGUGGUGUUAUUUUCUGCUGACUGGGCGAGACUCACGCUGAUGGCAGAGAGCUUGUUGUUGUUUCUGCAGCCUCUGCUGUGGCAGCACCCAUAUGUUCCUGUCCUGGCUAAAGGCAUGCUGGACUUUCUAAUGGCUCCUACAGCCUUUCUUAUGGGCUGCCAUCUCAGUCAUUUUGCAGACGUAUCAGCUGAAACAGAUGAUCUGAUCUUAAUUAACAUUGAUAAUGGAAGUCUCAGCACUUCUACUUUUGAUACUGUUAACCUACCGGACAUUCCUCCAGUUGCUGCACACUGCUUCACACAGAGGUGUAAGUUAUUGCGAAUACAUUUUGACUUGGAUCAGUGCCACCAUGCAAGUUGCACUGACAUCAGUGAACAGCGGGCACAGAGGCGAACGUGGCAACGCAGCCUUAACAACGACAUCCAGAGGAUUGCACUGGAAUUAAUUGUCAACAUUUUCAGGGAUGUGAGCAGUCAUCUGAAUUAUGAACAUCGAGUGUUUCACAGUGAAGAGUUCCUGAAAACCAGAGAGCCAGCUGAGCAACUUUUUUAUAAGAAGGUGCUGGAGACGCAUAUCUUCCAUUCAUUUCUCAAGGAUCGUCUCAACAGGAAUAUGGAUAGCUUUGCACGAAUGGAGCUAAGCACUCGUUCUGAGAUGCAAAAGAUGAAGGCCAUGGUUGAAGCCCCACACAGACCCACCAUGCAGCAGAUUCAAGCCAGGAGAAAGGGCUCCAUCACAGAGACGAGGCUGAGUAAGAGACUGGGCAUGAGUCUCCCUAACUUGAGAGAAGAUAAGAUUAUCGGCUUCCAAAGAAACACACCGCUCUCCAAGAUCCUCAUAUCUGACCCCGGUGAGACCCCAGGGGUUAAUAUCCACACAACUCCAAAACCUAUAAAGGUGUUCAAACUUCCAGACUUCCCAGCAUCUCUGUCCUUCCACUCUGUCCAAAGUUAUUACAUUGAGCUCAUCCAGCAGCUCGGAAAAGCCAUUUUCUCUGUCCAAAGUGAGAACUCUGCCAUGCUGGCCAGAUACUACUACUUGCGUGGUUUAAUCAACACACUGUGUUCGCGGCGACUGGACGCACUGAGCGACUUCCAAAACCUCAAUAAGACCGACACUGCAAUUUUUCCCACUAGCUUGGUCACAUGGCUCAUAGACUCGCUGCAAAGAGAUGAGAGACAACAAGCUCAAAGGCGGCCUGAACUCAAGAGACUCAUCCUCAAGGUUAAGACAGACAAUGAGAAGCCGCUGGUGGAGCCUGAUGACCAUGUAAAGAAGUUUCAGCUUCCCUGUAAGCCUCUGUAUCAGGAGGAGUUUAUGCGAUGCGUUCAAGAGUGUAGGAUUGUUAGAGAUGUGGCGACCAUACAGCGUUUAUUUGAUGCUCUCACUGACAAUUGUAAGAUUGGGUGUCUUUGUCUUUAUCUAGUUGCGUAUGCACACCCCUCUGUCCGAGGUCAGCCAAAGCAGGUGGACCCUGAACUUUUCAGAGUCUUCUACACAUUCUGGAAAGAGAUGGAAGCUGAAGCACAAGAUGUCAACCUGCCCUCUGAUGUAAUUGACCGACUUGACAAUAAUGAGUGUGUCUACAAGUUGUCCUCCUGUGUCAAGACUUCCCACGGCGUUGGUAAAAUCGCCAUGACGCAGAAACGCCUGUUUUUGCUCACUGAAGGACGGCCCGGUUUCUUAGAAAUCACAAAGUUCAGAGAUAUACAGGAGGUAAAAAUUACCUCAGUUCCCUUUCUGCUCGUUCGUAUUCCAUCCCUUCGUAUCCAGACAUCCAGCAGGCCUGAAGUGUUUGAGGCCAACCUAAAAACAGAGACUGAGCUUUGGAACCUUGUGAUCAAAGAGAUGUGGGCUGGACGCAAGAUGGCAGAUCAACACAAGGACCCUCAGUACAUGACUCAGGCUCUGACCAACGUUCUGCUAAUAGAUGCUGUCACAGGCUGCCUGCAGAAUCAGAGAUCCAUCACUGCUGCUGCAAAGCUGGCUUACUUUAAUAAAAUCAGACAAGAAGUGCCUAUGAUAGUGCCUAAAACUACCUCAGAGACUCUCAAACACAAGAUCAACCCAUCAUUGGACCUGGCUGAGCCACAGACCGUACAUGUGCUGCUUUACACUCCAGGUCAGCUGACUGGUACUGGCAAAGUGGGUGAUAUGAACCCAAAGCUGUGGGUGGCUCUCAGUGGGGGUAAGGUGGUUGUAUUUGAUGCGGCGAGUUGGUCAAUGCUGCAGGACUGUAUCCAGCUUGGACAGUCGCAGCUGAACUGUAUGAUAGGACUGGUCCAGGAGCAGGUGUGGAUUGGUUCUCAGGACUCUGUAAUCUACAUUAUCGACACUCACAGCAUGUCCAGCAACAAACAGCUGACCGAACACAGACAUGAAGUGACUGGCCUCGCAGUGGACGCCAGCAACCAACCCAACAGCCUGCUGACAUACUCCUGCAGCCGCGAUGGGAUGAUCCUGCAAUGGGACUCAUCCAGUCUUAAAGUGAAGCGGCAGUUUUUACUCAGCUGUGAUUAUCUCUCCUCCAUACAGAUCCACAACAGUGCUCUGUGGUGCUGUUGUGGUGACGGCAUUGUGGAACUGAAAAAGAGUUGGACACCACAAAGAAAGAUAACACUUCAUACGGACCUACAGAGCAUGCCCAGUAGUUUCAGCAGCUUCAUUUAUAUACCAGAGCGGAGACAGCUGUGGACAGGCUGUGCAGACUCAGUAGAGUUGUGUCUCUGGCGCACAAACAAUCACAGGCAUCCAUUUAAAAUAAUCUCCCUGCCUGGAAGUUCAGGGGUCACAUGUAUGAUUCGUGUCAAAGACCAGAUCUGGGUUGGCUGUCAUGGAAGGAGUGAUGCUGGGGGUCAGUGUAAUGGUCAGCUGAGUAGCCAAGUGUUGGUAGUGGACAUAGAGAGCCACACGGUAGCAAAGGAGCUGCAGGCCCAUUCAGACAGCAUUCAGACUCUCUGCUCUGCCGAGGAUCGAUAUGUCCUCAGUGGCUCUGCGCGUCGUGACGGCAAGAUCGCCAUCUGGAAGGUCGAAUAGAGUCCGAAAAAGAAGAAGGAUCCAAAGAGAUGGAAGAAGAAGAAGAGAAAAAAGAACUCAGAGCCAAAUAAGAAAAUUACUAUUUUUGACCAGUUUUGUUAGUCUG